CCCAGAAAAGAUGACGGUGAGCCAAUUAUUUAUCUUUAUUUUUUCCCUCUCCGAUGUCCAGGCGUCAUCCGAGGCGGAAGAGAAGGCAGCACUAGACUACAUUCGUAAGACCAAACACAUAUCUGCGGAGGAUCGCUUGUACAUAUCUCCGAAGAGGGAAGACCACCAAUCUACGCUUCACCAAAUUGGCCGGGAGCACAAACACCCGGAUGAGGAGGUGCGCCUCUUCGAACGAGGAACUGGAUUCUUUGACGUGAGAGACCCACACGACCGCUGGCUCAGAGUGCGCCUGGCACAGGGAGAUCUCCUCAUCCUACCGGCCGGGAUUUACCAUCGCUUCACGCCUGCUAGCCUUGAGGAAGAAAUCACAGUGCGCAGAUUAUUUACGGACGAAUCCAGCUGGGUUGCAGAUUUUCGCUGAGCAUUGUCCGCAGCAAGAAUGCGAAACACAGAUAUUUGUUCCUUUUACAUAGGUGGAGUAUAGAAAAUGAAUGUACAUCAAAUUGGGUCAUUAAACGUCAUGCCAUUGCGAUA